AUGGGGGAAGUUACCCUGGACAGAGCGCUCGUGCUUCUAUCUUCUGAGAAGCAAAGAGAGCGCUCAGAUGGAUUAGCUGAUUUGAAACAUAUUUUCCAGCAGAAUAAACGGAACUCCAAAUUAGACUCACUGAAUGACAAGGCCUGUCAUAAAAUAUUUGAAUCGCUUUUCCGAUUCGUUACGACUGAAAAAUCACUGUAUACCCGAGCCAAUUCCAAAGGGCCAUCGGCUUCUCGCUUAUCAAUCUGUGCAUCCGUUAUACGAACGGUUAUUGAUGUUUUCUUGUACAACUUGCGGACUAAGUCUGUCCGGGCAAUCAUUGGCCAUGUAACCGAUACCUUAGUGACUCCAGGAAAUGAUCUAUUCGAUCUCCUGAGUGUUGAUUACACAAAAUGCUUGUCCACAAUUCUGAGCUACCCCCCACAUGUUGAGCAUCUGGGUGUCAGCGAAUGGGAGAAGCUCAUGAGGUUUUGUCUUAGAAGCAUAGGCCUCCUAGAGGAUGAAGAAAGCGAACAUCUCUCCUGGAACGAUCGUCCGUCCAAUUUGGACGACUAUUUGGCUAGCAGUGGUAGUGGUUCAACACCUUCUAGAACGACACCAGCAUUAAAUAUUCGGGAAAAACCCAGGAGUGACCAAAGUGCAAUAAGUGAGGCUCUUACUUGUAUUCAGCUGCUCACCGCUAGUCCCAACGCUCCCUUGCAAGGAUCAGCCGAAAGAAUAUUCCAUAGCCUGGGGAGUUACGUGAAGUCUUCCAGCAUCAUUGGAAAUGGACACCAGGCUGCAUUUAAUAGCAUAAACUCAGUGGCUAUGCGGGUCAUGUUUGACCAGUCCAGGCUCGUUCGGGAAUUCAUGGUAGAUUUGAUUCCGGUGAUUCGACACCUGUGGGCGACAAAGCUGGCAAAUUUGAAAGAUGAAUUACUUGUCUCUAUCAUGAUUUGUGUCAUUAUCUUGAAGGAUACAGCUCUGAGAAAACCAUCGGAAUCGGUAUGUCGUUCAACUGAGAGUCUUGUGGACACUUUGUACUCAGAGUAUGCCCGAAGGCCUGAAAAGGAGACCCUGCAGAUCGAUGAGCUGUCUUUUUAUCAAAGAAACUAUGCGCACAGACAGAGAUUCUUAUUGGGUCCUCGCCUUGAAAUGGCCAGAUCUGAGCACAACUGGACUUUAGUAUGGAUCAUUGCAAGGUUGAUGGAGAUUCUAGAGGACUUAACAUUACGAUUGUCUUCGUCUCGUGAUGCAGGAGAGGUUUCGAGCAAAAAGCAACGUCUCACAUCGAUGAUAGAGGACGUCUAUCGUGACUCAACGGCAUCCAUGGGUGUUAAAAGAUUGUGCGCUUUACAGCUGAUACCUUUUCUUUCCAAACACAACGACAGCAUUGAAUCAAGGAUGUUACUGCUCAAGCGACUAGUGCCCAAUGUACUCGAUGAUAACGCCGCAAUAUCCUCCUGGACAAUGUUGGCAAUUGCAAGUAUUGCAGGCAGUCCCGGUGCAGACGCGCUUUCUUUGCGUACAUCUUGGCGACAAGUUUGGGAUCUCACGUCUCGUGCUUCUACUUCCAAUACUACAUCAAGAGCUGCCUGCGCACUCAUGAACUGCAUUCUUCAAUUCGAACUUUUAGAAUAUUCAGCAGGUGCGGAAGCGGUCGGUUCAAUGCUUUCAUAUGCCAGCUUGAACGGGCCCUCUGUGAUUUCAGACUCGUCCCUGGGUCUCUGGGCGGCAAUAACUCGGACGACUGCCCAAUCAAAUCCAGGAUCUGUGACAAAUGCAUCAAAGCAGGUUUGUGCAUGGUUACGAGACGUUUGGACGAUCGGGACCAUAACUGACAGGGCACUAACCGCGCAAGUUGCUUCAUUUGCACGUCCCUUGGAUCUUUUGAACUUAAUUUCGGCUUGCACUAAUAGGCCUUACGUCUUACCAAUGUCUCGGUUCAGAGGACCAGUGGGCCUUGUUGCUAAAGGCUGGCAAUUUUACCAUAGAAGCAGGAAAUUGCUAGAUUAUAUAUUUGACCUGGAGGGAAUUCUCAGGGAUAUCGAUUUAUGGGGCUCAGAAGAGGAGCUAUGCUUGAAAUCCUUCACCCAGCAGGAGCCAAACGACACGAUUAUUUUGGAUCUUUUGCAAAUGAAAUCCGAGGUGUUUUUGCAGAAUUGGCGAUCAUUAUCGGAAGAUAAGUUGAUGCAUAUAACUGUAGAUGUUCUGCAAAUAAUGGCGUCCUUUUGCAUUACCGCUGCCUUGUAUACUGAGUGCAUGCCGCAGCAAACUGUCGCGCAUUUACAAACUUUGCAAAAGAACACCCAGAGCCUGUGGGAAAAUAUUUGCUUGUUUGUACGCGCUCGUGAACAAGAAUUUGUGCAAGCUUGCUUACUACUCUUAUCACCUUUUCUUGGACCCAAACUGUGCUCUUCGGAAUCUAAAUCUGCUGUUUUCAAAGCUCUCCGCAUACUCGUUCCUCCCUUAGCCAAGGUACUCGAAGGCCACCGCCAAACCCAGAGGGGAAAACUGUCUUCUCACGGGGAAGAUCCUAUGGAACUGGACGAUCCAUUGCUUACCUCCGACGAUCGAUCAAAUGAGACCACUUGCAUCAUCAACAUGAACAGAGAGGCCAUACCCUUUUUUCGCGACUUUGCUACCUUUCAGCGUUGCUUGACUAUCGAGCUCUCCCUGUUUCAGAAAUUGCGGGCACCUAGAGAUGAUAGUGACGGCUCAGCUAGCCAGGAUUUGGUUGAAUAUCUAACAGAAUUAGACGAAGUUGACAUUUUGUCUGCACGGGAAUUUUUACCUCAUGUCUACCGUGCGUGCUCGGAAAUGGAGCGUGCGUUUUUACUCAGAAUACUCGAAGAUAUGGGUGAGAAGUGCUUACAAUCAUAUGAGCUGGAGCGCUGCGAGAACUCUCAUUUGCUUUGCAUUCAUAUGAUGCACAGUUUUGUCAACUCGUGGGCGUCGGGUGAAACAGACUAUUUGAGCGACUCGGCUUCGGAUAUAUAUGCCUGGUUUACCGACGUGCUACUAGCGAAAGGAUGCGCUUCACCUGCAGUACUUAUCGGGUUCACUGAGCUCUUGGGAGGUGUUCUUAGAUCUAAUACAUCAUACACAAGCGGACCGUCGAACCCGUCACCGAGGACAAGCCUCCUUACCAUCGUACAUGAAGGCGACGUCCUAGUGAAAUUCAGCGCUGGGAAUCUCGUUCCAGAACUGUUUGGUCAAUAUCCACUAAAAGAUCACGAUGCUAUCUUUGAUGACGUCCUGCAAAGUCUCCCACGAGAUCCGGAUUGGUAUGAAGGGAUUUCCAUUCGUUUGUUCAUCUUAGCUCAGUUAGCUUCCCAGUGGCAUACGUUACUGCGGAGAGGCAUCUAUCAUAUGUUUGAGACCCCGGCCCAAGUGCCAGAGUCUCUUUGGUACGCUGAGAAAUGCGUGCGCCAAGUUGCAAGAAUACUUGGGCUGGAGGACCCGAAAGAGCUCUUCCGCUUGUUUUCGUCCCAGAUCGUAUACACUUGGACUGAAACCGAGUCAAUUGCGUCAAUGCCUUUUAGCAUAUUUGGCUAUGCGAAUCUCGAGAGCAUGCUGGGUGACGUCCAGGAUGAGAUCGUUGGUCAAAUGAUGAUGCGUGCAAGUGAGCGUGACACGGUCGAGCUUUCAAAGUACAUGAAAAAGCCUUGGACCGAGCUUCUAGUAGAGUCAUUCUACAAAGCAGAAGCGUACACUAUUGCGCGAGAUAUAAGCACCCCUCCCGGGCAAGGGAGCCAGGCCCAAGGCGUGGAAAAUCGAAUCAAGAAAAUGCUAGGUACCGAUAGAUUUUUGGAGUCGAUUGAUCAGCAUUUUGCAAAGACAGUGGCAACAUUUUUUGCAUCACUAGACCAGUAUGAACAGAUAGAAAGAGCCUUCUCAAAGCGAGAAAGCUAUCGUGAUGCUCUCAGGGCCAUGAAAAAUAUCACUGGCAAGAGUGCCUCCAAGAUUGUCCUUCCUGCGAAUCAGCAGCCAUCCUUCAGGGCACGCUAUCUUCUUGAUGAGCUUGAGUUUUUUUGUAAGCGGAGCGGAUACGAGCUCGAGACAAUAUGGACACCGACGCUUGCCUCUUAUGUCUGUCGCACUCUGUUGGAGUCUAUCCAUCCAGCCCUUGGUUCCCUCCAUGCUUGUUCAGUCAUUAGGAAGAUCCGAAUUUUGGUUUGUGUGGCUGGGCCCGUCAUGUUGAAAGAUUAUCCCUUUGAGAUGAUUCUGCAUGCACUCAGGCCAUUUCUCACCGAUAUAUAUUGUGCGGAAGAUACCUUGGGGAUCUUUUGGUAUCUAUUGGAGGAGGGUAAAGAUUAUUUGAUCGAAAACCCAGGUCUCACGGCUGGAAUAGUAGUGUCGACAUUAUUGUCCCUGAAAAAGUUCAUGGCAUCCUCUCCUGCAAAUAAAAUACAAGAAAGCCAGUCCACACUCGCAUUGACAACUAUUCGAGACUUCCUGCACUGGUUUGAGGAGUAUCUGGAAGCCUACGACUCCACAGCGCUCAAUGCUGAAACCCGCCAAUUAUUUCGGCGAAUGGUUAAGUCCUCUCAGGGAACCUCGACUGCCGAGCCAGAUUCCAAUGACAGAAACAAGCAUGAUUUGCUUCUUGAUGUGCUUGACGAUCGAAGCUCGAGGAAAAGUUUGCUGAGCAAGCCCAUAUCAGAUCAUGUCAUAUCACUGCUCUGUGUCGACUUCAGCGAGACUUCUCACUAUUAUCAUGCCACAGUUGGAGGUGAAUAUACGCCAAACAUUGUUGCUCUAUAUGAAACCCUGCAAAAUUUCAACACAGGUACUCAAUACAAAUUAUGGGCUGCCAGAGUCCUUGGGCGGGAGUUUGCUGCCACCGGCAAGAUCAAUGAUGAUAUAUUGAGAGAACAAGACCGGACUCUGUUUAAAUCGCAGCUUUCGCAUUUGUCAGGUGUAUAUUUUUACUCAAAAGCCAGCAUACUCCAAUUUCUUUGCAACAUGCUACAGAGCAGUAGUCACCUAAAUGUUGGUCUCGUCGAGCGGACAUUGCAGCUCAUUGUCAGUAAUCUUGGACGAUCACCCACUUAUGACGAUGCUGCAAUUGUUAUCCCUCCCAAUUUGAUGAACGCUCUUACUUGGAAUCCUUUUAAGUGUCCUGUCAUCUGUGAACCGAAGGAGCAUGAUGGCAUGAUGGGAUGGGAUCCAGGUCUUUCAAUCUCGCAUUGGGCUCGCAGAAUAGGGCUGUUCUUGUCAAAAGCAGCGUUCGAAGACCCAGUCAUUGGGCCACUCAGCAGCAUUCUCCAUACUAUUCCUGACUUGGCAGUUCAUAUUUUGCCGUACAUGCUCCACGAUGUCUUAUGUACCGAUCUUGACGGGAAUGGGAAAAUCCGCCAAACAAUUUCUGAGGCAUUCAACCAGGCCUUACACAAGGUCGAUGAUAAGACUAUUGCCCAUGCACGACUAGUUAUCAAUUGCAUCCUAUACCUUCGGAAUCAACCAAAACCGAACGAGUCGACAAUCGUGGAGCGCGAUGAAUGGCUUGCUAUAGAUUUUGCGGGAGCAUCCACGGCUGCGAAUAAGUGUCGACUACCAAAGACGGCACUCCUAUUCUUUGAAAUACAUGCUUCUCGGGCGACAUCUACAUCUCGUCGUUCUUCAGUUGCUAAGAACAUUGCUCCGCCAGACGAGUUGCAUGAGAUUUUCAAGAGCAUAGACGAUCCGGACUUCUUUUACGGCGUCCAGCAAAGUUUUUCCUUAGCCUCAGUCAUGGAAACGCUUGAACACGAAAGCUCUGGGUUUAAAAACCUUCUCUUUCAAAGCGCGCAAUAUGAUAGUGAAGUACAGAUGUCCGGAAACGCAAGCAGCUUUGGUAUACUGAAGGCGCUUAACUCCACCAACCUUCAAGGAAUUGCCAAUUCCAUAUUCGCUGUUCCUGGGGGAGGUACCAAGGAGAUUGCGACCUCAUUUGACAGCAUGCUUCAAGCUGCAACUAACCUGAGGCAAUGGGAUAUCCCGGUCUCCCCAUUGAAUCACUCACCGUCUGCUACAAUCUUUAGGGCUUUUCAAACAAUCAACACCUCGGCAAUCUUACCGGAUGUGUCUACUUCUAUCGAUGAAAGCCUCUUGACAACUCUUGGCUCAUUGACCAGUACCAGUCAGUCGGCGAUGUCUUUACGAACGGCGAUGAGAGUCUUAGGUAUUAUGACUGAGGUCGGCGACGUACUAAAUGCCAGGUCUACCGAAGAUAUUAGCACCGAAUGGCAAAGAAUUGCUGACAGAGGUCAUUGGCUAAAGACCACUAGCGAUCAUGAAGUGGGAGAAAUACUGAGCUGUCAUGAGGCUCUUUUCUCGUCCAUAAAAUGCAAGGACUAUUUGAAAUGCGCCAUGAAUUUAAGCGACCAUGAUGCACAGCUUCUGGAAGUGAAAGUCAUCCGCCAGUCUCUCGAAACCACAAGAAAUCAUGGCAUCCCACAAGCUUCGCUAAAAUCUGCCGUUUGUCUCUCCAAACUUGCCGAGCAUUGCACAUCGCUCGGCAUAAAUAUUGAAGGGGCGACAAAAUUUGAUCUGGCCAAUGUUUUAUGGGACCAGGGUGAGAUGACAGCCUCUAUUCGGAUGCUCCAACAGCUCUAUGACAGGAAUGAUCUACAUAAGCAAGCGGUACCUAUCAGUCGCGCAGAGCUUCUAGUAACAUUGGGUCACCACGUUGCAGAAGCACGUCUGGAAAUGCCCGAGGCCAUCAUUCAAGAGUACCUAGUCCCGGCAGUCAAAGAACUAAAAAGCCGUGCAGGAGGUGAAGCUGGUCGAGUCUAUCAUGGCUUUGCAAUGUUCUGUGAUCAACAAUUGCAAAACCCCGAUGGGCUGGAAGAUUUCAGGCGCUUGGAACAAAUACGUAACCGCAAAGAAAAAGAAGUGCAAGCUCUAGAAGACAUGAUGAAAGCUGCAGAAGGCAAGGAAAGGGACACGCUUAGAUUUCAUCGGUCAAAAACAAAACAAUGGUUUGAUCUUGAUGAUCGUGAAUACCAGCGCUUACGGCGAAGCCGUGAGGCGUUUCUCCAGCAGUGCCUUGAGAACUAUCUUCUUUGCCUUAGGGAGAGUGAAACUUACAACGACGACGCCCUCAGAUUCUGCGCAUUGUGGCUUGCUACGUUGGACAGUGAUAUUGCAAACGCCGCGGUUUCGAAAUAUCUUGAUCAAGUCCCAAGCAGGAAGUUUGCCCGCUUGAUGAAUCAACUGAGUUCUCGCCUGCUGGAUGUCCCCGACGAAUUCCAAAAGAUACUCUUUUCCUUGAUCUUUCGUAUCUGUGUGGAACAUCCGUUUCAUGGUAUGUACCAGAUGUUUGCGAGCAGCAAGUCCAAGGGCGGCAAGGAUAAGUCGGCGCAAUCACGCAAUCGAGCAGCUCUCAAGCUGGUUGAGUUCUUAAGGAACGACGAGCGUAUAGGGCCAACAUGGGUUGCUGUCCAUAACGCAAACAUUAGCUACGUACGAUUCGCCGUUGAUCGAUUGGAUGAAAGGCUAAAAAGCGGCGCCAAAGUUCUGCUGAAGAAACUACCGAGUGGCCAACGCCUCGAACAAGAUGCUGUGUCCCAGAGGCUACCGCCGCCUACAAUGAGUAUUGAUAUUCGCAUCGAUUGUGACUACAGCGAUGUUCCCAAACUGGUUCGCUAUAACCCGGAGUUUACCGUUGCGUCUGGUGUUAGCGCACCGAAAAUCAUCACAGCUUAUGCCAGUAAUGGCCAGCGUUAUAAACAGCUGUUCAAGGGAGGUAACGACGACCUGCGCCAGGACGCUAUUAUGGAACAAGUAUUUGAGCAAGUUAGCAGCCUUCUCAAAGACCACCAGACAACUCGACAGCGAAACCUGGGGAUUCGCACGUACAAGGUCCUCCCUCUGACGUCGAAUGCAGGCAUCAUUGAAUUCGUUCCCCACACGGUUCCGUUGCAUGAUUACUUGAUGCCAGCACACCAGAAGUAUUUCCCGAAGGAUAUGAAACCGAAUGUAUGCCGAAAGCACAUCAGUGAUGUCCAGACACGGUCGUUUGAACAACGCGUGAGGACGUACCGCCAGGUGACGGACCACUUUCACCCCGUAAUGAGGUUCUUCUUCAUGGAGAAGUUCAACAACCCGGACGACUGGUUCGCCAAACGACUCUCGUACACCCGCAGCACUGCGGCGAUUUCUAUCCUGGGCCAUGUACUCGGCCUGGGAGAUCGGCACGGUCACAACAUUCUCCUUGACGAACGAACCGGUGAGGUCGUGCAUAUCGACCUGGGGGUGGCGUUCGAACAAGGCCGGGUCUUGCCUGUUCCUGAAGUUGUUCCAUUCCGGUUGACACGGGACCUGGUUGAUGGGAUGGGGAUCACCAAGACCGAGGGAGUCUUCCGUCGCUGCUGCGAGUUCACGCUGGAGGCACUCCGCCAGGAGUCGUACAGUAUUAUGACCAUUCUUGACGUUCUCCGGUACGAUCCGCUGUACAGCUGGACUGUAUCUCCUCUACGGAUGAAGAAGAUGCAGGACGCCCCAGAUUCAGAAGGGGCUCCUGUGCUUCCUGGGGCGGCGGACCAACGGUCCACCAACGAACCGAGUGAAGCUGACCGUGCCUUGACGGUUGUAGCGAAGAAGCUGAGCAAAACAUUAAGCGUCACUGCGACCGUCAACGAACUUAUCCAGCAAGCGACGGAUGACAAGAACCUGGCAGUUCUCUACUGCGGCUGGGCCGCAUACGCUUGA